AUAACUGACGUCUCUUAACUCAAAAUCGUUUUCGUUGAUAACUCUGAUUAUUUGUGGGGAAUAGCUGCAGAUUUUAUCCUGAAAAAUGAUGAAUUCACAAAAGAAAGUUUGUAAUUUCAGUGCAGGACCAGCCAAGUUGCCUGAAGCGGUUCUGGAAAAAGCUAAAGAUGAAUUUCUCAGCUACAACAACUCUGGCAUCAGUGUCAUGGAAAUGAGCCACAGAACAGCCACGUUCUCCAAAAUCAUCAACAAGGCAGAGGAUGACCUGAGAGAAUUAUUAGUGAUACCAGACAACUACAAGGUGCUGUUUUUACAAGGCGGAGGUACCGGAGAGUUUGCCGCCGUGCCCUUGAACCUCAUGGGAUACAAGCCGGACAGAUGCGCCGACUAUGUCUGCACUGGAGCCUGGUCAGCCAAGGCUGCCAAGGAGGCGGAGAAAUACGGAAAAGUCAACCUAGUUGUGCCAAAAUCUGACAAGUACACAGAAAUUCAAGAUUAUUCGUCGUGGAAAUUCAACCCAAAUGCUUCAUAUUGUUACGUCUGCUUGAACGAGACGAUACAUGGAGUCGAAUUCCAAGACAUCCCAAACAUUCCAAAUAACGUGCCCCUGGUUGCGGACGCAUCUUCAAAUUUCUUAUCAAGAAAUCUAGACGUGUCGAAGUUUGGUUUAAUAUUCGCUGGAGCUCAGAAAAAUGUUGGGUGUGCUGGUGUUACCGUGGUGAUAAUAAGAGACGAUCUGAUUGGCUUUGCUUUGAAAGAGUGUCCCAUCAUAUUCGACUACAAGAUCCAGGGCGGCAUGAACUCACUCUACAACACACCACCAACAUAUAGCAUUUACAUCAUGGGCCUAGUGUUCGGGUGGUUAUUAGAACAAGGUGGAGUGUCGGCCAUUGAGGAACGCAACGUCAUCAAGUCGGAUCUAGUGUACAACCUCGUGGACAACUCUAAAGGAUUUUACUGCCCUGGAGUAGCCGUAAAGGACCGCAGCCGCAUGAAUAUUGUGUUCCGAAUCGGUGGUGAGGCUGGCAACGAAACGUUAGAAAAGAAAUUCGUGGAAGAAGCGGCAGAGUGCGGCCUGAUACAAUUGAAGGGACAUCGUUCAGUUGGUGGAAUCCGAGUGUCGUGUUAUAACGCCAUAACGGUUGAGGAAGUGCAACGACUUAUCACAUUCAUGAAGGAGUUUCAGGCACGGAAUUGAACAAUAUGAAUUAUGGACAUGUUAUGCCAGCAUUUCUUAAAAGGGGAAUGUAAAGAUUUGCCACCAAAGGCCAGUUUUUGGAAUAAAGUCACACUUGCCAAUAAAAAUUGCAUUUUUCUGUGAAGUAAACAAACAGCAGUGAUGUCGUUCCAUUCCACCAGUGCCUGUUUGAAGCUAAUGAAAAAUUAGAAGUUGGCGUGGUCUCUGAUUGCAGGGAGUAAGUUCUGGAUGCUGACUGGUAUCAUUCACGACUCUUUGGUCAAAUUUGGUCCAGUAAAGCCAAGCCCUACCAUCAUUAUGAAACUUCAAUUGGUAAUUCAUCAGUGCAAUUGGGUAAUUUAUCAUUAGAUUUACAAAUUGUAAUUUCUGGGGUGUAUUAAAAACUUGAAUUUGAAGAUCAUAGCUAAGAAAAUGUUAAGCUGUUGGGUUAAGCAGUGCUGGGUUAUUGUGGCUUAUGUUAAGUUGGGUGGGAAACAUGUACAAUUUCACUGUCGGGAAGGAGGGAAAAGACCCGUUUACAACCUUGUGGAGACCGUGGGCAUGCCUCUGGUAAUUUUUGCAGGCAUAGCGGACAAGUUCCAAUCACAGAAUUACUGGAUGUCGAGACAAUCGUGUAAACUGUGACAAUGUAAAGUGUGAUAUUUUGUUUUGUAAAUGGUUUGGUCCAACUUGAUGUUGUCCCUUCAACCAUGUGAUUGAAAGGUCCGUCUAUGCUGCGAAAGUUACCAUUCGUUGUCCACUUGAAGUGUUGUAAAAUGAAGAUCAUGACAAUUGAAUUAAAAUGUCUUUGUAAAUAGAUCACUGUAAAUAAUAAAAAUGUUAAUAUUUAUAAA